AUGACAACAGAUCGUGGCUCCUCUCGUGAAGAUCUCUCAAGAGAGAAAAGAGGAGAUGCAGCAGCAGCAGCAACAGCAGCAGCAGCAGGAGGAGGAGGAGGAGGAGGAGGAGGAUCACGCCGCCGCCGCAGCAGCAGCAACAGCAGCAAUGGCAGCAGCAAAGGUAUAAGAAUAAAAAAAGAAGAAAUAACUAAUGGUACACAUCAUACAAUAAAAGAUAAAGAAAAAGAAAAAGAAAAAGAUAAAGAAAGAGAGAGGGAAAGAGAUAGAGGAAGAGAAGGAGGAAGAGAAGGAGAAAGAGGAAGAGAAGGAGGAAGAGGAGGAGAAAGAGAAGGGGGAGGAGAAAGAGGAAGAGAAGGAGGAAGAGAAGGAGGAGAAAGAGGAGAAAGAGGAAGAGAGGGAGGAGAAAGAGGAGAAAGAGGAAGAGAGGGAGGAGAAAGAGGAGAAAGAGAAAGAGGAAGAGAAGGGAAUAAAGAAAGAGAAAGGGAAAGAGGAAGAGAUGGAUAUACACCUCGAGAUAGAGAAAGAGAAAGAGGAGAAAGAGGAGAAAGAGGAGAAAGAGGAGAAAGAGGAGGAGAAAGAGGAGAAAGAGGAGGAGAACGAGGAGAAAGAGGAGGAGAAAGAGGAGGAGAAAGAGGAGGAGAACGAGGAGAAAGAGGAGGAGAAAGAGAAAGAGGAGAAAGGGAGAGAGAAAGAGGAGAAAAAGAUGGAUAUAGGGAUAGGGAAGGAUAUAGGGAUAGAGACAGAGACAGGGACAGGGAGAGGGACAGGGAGAGGGACAGAGAGAGGGAGAGGGAAGGAUAUAGGGACAGGGACAGGGAGAGGGAAAGGGACAGGGAGCGGGACAGGGAGAGGGAUAGAUAUAGGGAGAGAGAAAGGGGAGAAAUAAGAGGAGAAAGAGGAGGGGAAAGAGAAGCAGCAGCAGCAGCAGCAGGAAGAGGAGCAACAGGCAGCAGCAGAGAUGAAGGUUAUUAUAGAGAUAGACAUCGCAUGCAGCAGCAGCAGCAGCAUGAUAGUCGUCGUUAUCCUCCUACCAGCAGCAGCAGCAGCAGCAGCAGCAGCAACAGGAAUAGGCCAUACGAGCAGCAGCAGCAGCAGCAGCAGCAGCUAGUUCGUCGUAAGAGGGAUAGAGAUUCAUCUCCCCCUGGUCGUAUGGUGCCUGUUAAGAGAGAACCUGUAGAUACACCAGGGAGAGCAGCAGGAGGGAGGCGACGCAGCAGCAGGAGCAGCAGCAGCAGCGACGACGACAGCAGCAGUGGUGGUGAUAGUGACAGUGGCAGUACAGGUAGCGAUAGUGGCAGCAGCAGCAGCAGCAGCAGGAGCAGCAGGAGCAGCAGGAGCAGCAGGAUGAGGAAUAUAAGAAGAAAUAUAAAAGAAGGAGGAAUAGUUCGUGCCUUUCAUAGAUCAAUAAGAGAAGCAGCAGAAGCAGCAGGAAGACCGUCACGACGGCAUGCAGCAGCAGCAGCAGCAGCAGCAGGAGAAGGAGGGAAGCGCAGCAGCAGCAAUAGCAGCAACAGCAGUAGAGGUAGUAGUAAGAGCAGCAGCAGAAGAGGAGAACAAAGAAGAAAUAGAGAUAAUAAUAUAAGAAGAAGAAAUAGGGAUAAUGAUCCAGCAGCAGCAGAUGAUGAUGCAGCAGCAGCAGCAGCAGCAGCAGGACCACCAGGAUUAGAUAAGGAUAUAGAGGCAUAUGCAGCAAAAAAGAUCAGAAAAGUUACUGCAGAAGAUAUAGGGAGGGCAGGAGGUGUAUACGUUCCUCCCUUUAAGGUUGCUCGCCUCCAACAGAAGACAGAUGAUAAAAGAAGUGUUGCCUACCAACGGCAGAUGUGGGAAGCAUUAAGGAAAAGUAUUAAUGGAUUAGUUAAUAAGGUUAAUGUAUCCAAUAUUACACAACUUGUACAG